CCACCUAUGGGGUUGCCCAAUUUAUAAUAAUAAAAAAAGGAACUCUCAGUCUGGGAAGAAAAUAAAUAAGUAAAACAAAACAAAAAAUUAUAUGGCUUAUAUUUUUGGUAACACCAUUGCUUUGAAUAUAAUAGGAAAACACUAUUAUUAUUAUUAUUAUGUUUAAUGCAAAGUUAACGCUGUGUGUCAUUAUAUCAUUGUACAUAAAAAAAAUAUAAAAAAAUGAAAAUAAUUAUUUUUCUUAAAACUUAAAUUCUUACUCGCGUGCCAAGCCCGCGAAACCGGGCAGGGGGCCGUCUGUGCCCACCGCGCGCACAGCCUGACUCAACUUUGAGUGACAUCCCCAGCAGUGCGUUUUCCUGAGUGUCGAUUGCCGUCUUAUUGUUUAGCUACAUACACCACAACGGCUCUUUUAAGAGCCACAUCUUGAGAACGUCUUUGACUUUCUACAUACACCACAACGGCUCUUUUAAGAGCCACAUCUUGAGAACAUCUUUUGACUUUGUUGUUCCAGCUAAAAUAAAACAACAACAAAAAGAACAUGUACCUGAUAGUGGAGUUCGUCGGAGAAGGGAGUACCGGUCCUGUAGCAAAGUCCUGGUACUCAGAUGGCCACUCAUGGUGGCCUCCAUACAAAGACUUGGACCGGUUACUAAAGAGCGUCAGGUUGAUGGGGGCACCACAGCCAGAUAAGGGUUGGACCAAGCAUCAGGCCAGAAUUCUACAUGAGUCGGCAUCAUUUGACAACAUUUCCAAAAAAUGGAAAAGGGCAUGCUACACUUCUGACAUCUCAGAAUCUGAAAAUUCUAUAAAAAGAAUUCACAAAAAGAAAACAUUCUCAUCAGAUGAUGAGCUUCAUGAAACCCCCAACAAAAAAGUUAAAAUGAAUAGAGACAAAAAUCCACCUACACCAAAAAUCCAGCCCGCACCAAAAGUCCCGCCUGCACCAAAACCUCCAGCACCUCUAAAAUACAUCAAGACAAAAGGUCCUGUUGUACGACCUCUGCUUACAACAAGCAAAGCAGUGAACUCUUUCAGCAAUUCAUUUGUUAAUCACCACCAAAGGGCCAUGGAGAAGCCAGAGCAGGCCCGUUUUGAGACUUUCCCCAGCUGUCAAGUUCCAUCAUUGUCAGCUCCAGAUGUUCCCAUGAGCUUCUCCCAGGCAGAUGAGCCACAAGAUCAUUGGGGUGAACACUCACCUGACAUUCAAGAGAAUGCAUUUUCUUUGCUGAGACCUUCAAGUUCCAAGCAAGAAAGAACACAGCACCGCCAGCUGGAAACUUGGGAAGAACACCCAUCUAUCACUCAAGAGAACAAAUUCUAUGCCUUAAGACUCUCUCAAGACCAAAGACUAUCAACCACACAACAAGGAAGAAUGCAAACUGUUCCAGUGAGCUUGUCCAAUGAAAAUGAGCAAGAAGAUGCUUGGGGUGAACACCCAUCUAACUUUCAAGGUAAAAGAACAUUCAUAAACACAUGCACAUUCUUUGAAUACUGUGUUCUGUCAGUGCCUCACAGGAGACUAGUGUGCUGCAGUCGACUGUUUGAAGUGACUGAGAUCAACAAACCCCAGAAGCAUGCUGCUCACCAGAGGGAGGUCUUCCUCUUCAACGACCUACUUGUGAUUUUGAAAUUGUGUCCAAAGAAGAAGAGUUCAGCUGCCUAUACCUUUUGCAAGGCCUUGGGGCUACUGGGGAUGCAGUUCCACCUGUUCGAAAAUGAAUACUAUCCUCAUGCCAUAACUAUUUUGUCUCCGUGUUCGGGUUCUGAUAAGAAGCAGGUGUUGAAUUUCUGUGCUCAGAGUGCAGAGGACCUGCUCAAGUUCGUAGAGGACCUGAAGGAGUCCAUCGCUGAGGUGUCAGAGAUGGAACAGAUACGUAUUGAAUGGGAGUUGGAGAAACAACAGGGAGCCAAAAGUCACUCCAUAAAGAAUAACGGGACUCUUGAGCUGAGGGGAAGACAAGGUUCUCCUUCUGGCAAACAGGAAAUGAUCACGUCACAGAGUGGACACAAUGCAGUAGAGGUGUCAAUUCACAACAGGCUUCAGACGUACCAGCUCAAUGCAGCACCGCAGAGUCCUGAGAGCACCGCCUUUCUCAACCACCAGAGGGAGUUCUUCCAGCAGUCUCCGUUGCAAUGUGCCAGCCCCUUAACCUCACACUCCUACCAGCCCGUGGCCCUGGCUGAGUUACGACCCGACACACUCAUCCAGUGUCAGCAAAUCGUCAAGGUCAUUGUUUUGGACAAAGGCGGUCACAGACCUAUGGAGGCGUUCCUUAGCCAGAGCCCCACUCAUCACCAACUCAUCCAGUCUGUCGUCUCCACACCAGUGCGCUCACGCGAUGGCGGAGUCAACCAGGGGGGGAACGAUGGUUCACAACCACCCUUGCCUCCACCACCACCACCAUAUAACCACCCUCAUCAGUAUAUACCCCCAGAUCCCCGUCUUGCACUGCAGAGGACCCCAAGUGGCUCUCGUAGCCUCAUAUAGAGUUCAAACCAAUAACUAUAAAACACUCCAGGUGCACUUUUGACAGAAUUUAUCUACAUAUGUAUAUGCAUAAAAUAAAUAUAAUGUAAAAAAUAAAAUAAAAUGUUAUCAAUAUGCACAUAUUUAAGGUAAGAGACAUGAAGACUUUAUUGACUUUGCAGAUAUGUGAUACAACCAAUAAGAAAAUAAAAUUUACCUAAUUGCUGGUUAUUUUUAAAUAAUAUGUAGUUUUAUCAAAUUUAUAUAAUGGUUCUCGUCUUUCUGGACACUCUCUGAGGUUAUAUCAUCGAGUACUUGUUCUUGACAGGAUUUCUCUGGUACAUUUUGUUACAGACAAAAUGUUUUCACAAAAUAAUGUGACACCCGAUUAUACCGGUUUAAAUUUUGUCGACACUUGCUUUUGUGCGGGAGCAGGUUUUACGUGUAAAAUCACCCUCUUUGGCUUUUAUUAUCCUACUGAUGUGUGUGUGUGUGUGUGUGUACAUGUGUGUGUGCUUUUGUCUGGAAAAUUAUAUAUGUGCCAAAAUGAGGACUCCCUCCUCCAUGGACUUUUUGCACUGUUGAACGCUUAGGGCUAGAGCAAACAUAUGUUUAAAUCAAUCAAAAAAAAAAAAAAAAAAAAA